AUGGAAGAGGCUUCUGGGAAAUGGAGGGAGGCUCUUAAAGAAGCAGCUGAUCUUGCUGGGUGGGAGUUAAAGAACACUACUGAUGGGCAUGAAGCAAAAUUCAUCCAAAAAAUAGUUGAAGAGCUUUCACUAGAGUUACGAUCCAUUAGUUUGACAAUUGAUGAAAAAUUAGUAGGAAUGGAGACUCGAAUCAAAGAUGUUGUAUCAUCCUUAGGAAGUGGUAUCGAUGAUGUUCGCAUGAUUGGGAUCAAGGGGAUGGGAGGUGGUGGGAAGACGACUUUGGCAAGAGCUGUUUUUGAUCAAAUAUCCUUUCAGUUUGAAGCUAAAAGCUUCGUGGAGAAUGUGAGGGAAGUUUCAAAUGCUUCUCUGUAUGGUUUGAAGUCUUUGCAAAAACAAAUCCUUCAGGACGUCUUAAAUGAUAAAUGCAUCAGCGUAAGUAGUGUGUAUGAUGGGAAAGACAUUAUCAAGAGGAUGAUGCAUGAUAGAAGGGUUCUUCUUGUUCUAGAUGAUGUGGAUAAUAUCGACCAACUUGAGGCAUUAGCAGGUGAACCUAAUUGGUUUAAGCCGGGAAGUAGAAUUAUCAUCACAACAAGAGAUGAACAAGUGCUGGUUUCACACCAUGUGCAGUUUAUACGUGACAUCAAUCUGUUAUCAGAUAAAGAAGCAGUUUGCCUCUUCAGUAGGUAUGCAUUUGGUAGAGAUAUUCCAAUUCAAGGGUAUGAGAAGCUAUCAAGAGAAGUUAUACGUUAUGCAGCUGGUCUCCCCUUAACGCUAAGAGUUUUGGGUUCAUUUCUUUGUGGUAAAAUUGAACUUGAAUGGAUAGAUGCCCUAGAAAGACUUAAAACGAUUCCAUUAUCAGAAACUUUGAAAAAAUUAGAAUUAAGUUAUAUUGGUCUAGAGGAGGAUUACAAGGAAAUAUUCCUUGAUGUUGCAUGCAUUUUGAAAGGUUGCCCGAAGGAGGUUACAAUCAAAGCGCUUGAAAGCUGUGGAUUCCAUGCUAGAAAUGGUUUAAGAGUUCUUGAGCAAAAAUCUCUCAUAACUAUUUCUGAUAAUAAUUUGUGUGUGGGCAUGCAUGACCAUAUUGAAGAAAUGGGCAGGAAUAUUGUUCGCCGUGCCCAUCCGGAUAAGCCUUAUAAACAUAGCCGAUUGUGGAUUAGUGAUGAAAUCGAAGAUAUAUUAGCUAACGAUUUGGGUACCAAAGCAACAAGAUAUAUAAAAUUCCACAAUUGGAAGCUCAAUCCGCACAUUAUUAUAAAAGGUCUUAGAAAGAUGAAGGAACUAAGAUUUCUUUCAAUGGAUCUGGGAUAUCAUUUGCAGUGUUGGGAAUUCGAUAUUGUCGGUCCAGACUUCCCAAAUGCUUUACGAUAUCUGGAUUUGAAGCAUUACCCCUUUAGUUCUUUACCAGAAACAUUUCAUGCAAAUAAUCUUGUUGCACUUGAGAUGGUUGACAGCAAAAUCGUACAACUUUGGGAAGUGGGAGAAAGAAAGGUUCUUAACAAGCUCAAAUACCUUGACCUCAGUCGUUCCAUGUUGAGGACCCUUGACCUUGGACUUACUCCAAAUCUCGAGACAUUGAAUCUUGGAGGAUGUUCCAACUUGGAGGAUCUUCAUAUUCCCAUUGGAUGUUUAAAGCUCAUGUCUAUUAACAUCAGUAUGUCAAGGUUGAGGACCCUUGACCUUAGGUUUGCUCGGAAUCUCAAGAAGUUAUUACUUGACAAAUGCUUCGAUUUAAUAGAACUUCACAUGCCGAGUUGUUCAAAUCUCGAAGUACUACUACUCUCUAGGUCAAAGUUAAGAACCCUUGACAUCAAGCUGACUCCGAAUCUCAAGUAUUUGGAUCUUAAUAAUUGUUAUUAUUUGGAAGAACUUCACAUGGCUAAUGUAUGUGAAAAUCUCACCUAUCUUGAAAUUAGUCAUUCAAAGUUGAGAACCCUUGACCUUGGGUUGACUCCAAAUCUGGAGAGGUUAGAUCUUAAUGCAUGUUCUAAUUUGGUAGAACUUCACACUACUAUUGGAUGCCUACAAAAGCUUAUCUACUUAGACCUGAGUUACAUGUGGUCGCAAAGUCCCCAGAACAUGCCCACUUCACCCGACAACGACUUGCCAAAAUUUCGCUUUACUUAUUUCUAUAAGGAAGAUCGCCACUCAUUUACUAGAAAUCUUGAGAAGCUUAUUUCUAUAGGUAUGUGUGCUUGCACAAACCUUGAGACGUUUUCAGGAAGCAUUUGUGGGUUACAACGUUUAAGGAAGCUUAAACUAGAAGGCAGUAUUCAAGAGGCACCCAAGGACCUUGGCCAGUUAGAAUGUCUUGAGGAGCUGAUUUUCUUAUCUACAAAGAUUAAUCAUCUUCCAGAGAGCAUGUGUAAGCUGAAACAUCUUAAAUCUCUGAAACUUAUAUCCUGUUGGUUUCUUGAGAAGUUACCCGAGGAUCUUGGCGGAUUAGAACGUCUAGAGGAGCUGACUUUGUUUUGUACAUUGAUUAAAGAUCUUCCGGAUAGCAUUUGUAUGUUGAAACAUCUGAAAUCUCUCGAACUGUUCUCUUGUUCAUUGCUUGAGAAGUUACCCGAGGAUUUCGGUCGAUUACAACGUCUGGAAAAUCUAGAGUUGUCGCAUGCAAAGAUUAAACAUCUUCCAGAUAGCAUUUGUAUGUUGCAACAGAUGAAACAUAUCGACCUUCAUAAUUGUUCGUUGCUUGAGAAGUUACCUGAGGAUCUUGGCCGAUUAGAAUGUUUACAGAAGCUAAUCAUAAUAAACUGUAAGUUAUUACAGAAUAUCCCGAUAAGCAUCUGUAGGAUGAAAUGUCUAAAAGAUUUCCAUCUCCGCUAUUGUAUUGGGAUUGAGAAAUUGCCUGAGGAACUUGGAAGUUUAGAUUGCUUAAAAGAGUUAGAUAUAGAAGGUACAAUCAUAAGCCAUCUUCCACAGAGUAUUCUUUUGUUGAAAGGUCUCCGUAUUAUUGGGUCGAGAGAGCUUCUUCAGUCAUCUGGUUUUACAUCAGAGAUACGAAUCCAAGAACAUGAAACGUCGUGUUACGUAGUGGUGGGAUGA